CCAGCGCGCAGCCCGCCCGGCGCCGGCAAGCUGGGUCUUGGGAAUGCUGGUUCGCCCUGGCUCGCUCGCUUGUACAAACUCCUGGAUCUUACAUGCCUCUGUAACCCCCCACUUCCACGCCAUGUCCCCAUGCUCCUGCGCCGGCAACAGGACCUGUUCUCUGGAUGUCAGCUGAGUUACUAAGGUGACUCUGCACGCCAGGAGAGAGACCUUGGUAGAAAGAACCUUAAGGCUCUUGGAGACCCCCAUCUCUCCUUCUUUUCUGUGUGUGUGGGUCUUCACUGAACAUUCAAACCUGUUUCUCCAAAGGGUUUUGCAAAAACUCAGACUGUUUUCCAAAGCAGAAGCGCUGGCGUCCACAGCAGAAGUGAUGGGCAGCGUACGCACCAACCGCUACAGCAUCGUCUCUUCGGAGGAGGACGGCAUGAAGCUGGCCACCCUGGCGGUGGCCAAUGGCUUUGGGAACGGGAAGAGUAAAGUCCACACUCGACAGCAGUGCCGGAGCCGCUUUGUGAAGAAGGACGGCCACUGCAACGUGCAGUUCAUCAACGUGGGCGAGAAGGGCCAGCGGUACCUGGCGGACAUCUUCACCACGUGUGUGGACAUCCGCUGGCGGUGGAUGUUGGUUAUCUUCUGCCUGGCUUUCGUUCUCUCCUGGCUGUUUUUCGGCUGCGUGUUUUGGUUGAUAGCGCUGCUCCACGGGGACCUGGACGCAUCCAAGGAGAGCAAAGCGUGCGUGUCCGAGGUCAACAGCUUCACGGCCGCUUUCCUCUUCUCCAUCGAGACGCAGACCACCAUAGGCUACGGCUUCCGCUGCGUCACAGACGAGUGCCCCGUGGCUGUUUUCAUGGUGGUCUUCCAGUCCAUCGUGGGCUGCAUCAUCGACGCCUUUAUCAUUGGCGCGGUCAUGGCCAAGAUGGCCAAGCCCAAGAAGAGAAACGAGACCCUGGUCUUCAGCCACAACGCCGUGAUCGCCAUGAGGGAUGGCAAGCUCUGUCUGAUGUGGCGGGUGGGCAACCUUCGGAAAAGCCACCUGGUGGAAGCUCACGUGCGAGCACAGCUCCUCAAAUCCAGGAUUACUUCCGAAGGGGAGUACAUCCCCCUGGAUCAAAUAGACAUCAACGUCGGCUUUGACAGCGGCAUUGACCGCAUAUUUCUGGUGUCCCCCAUCACCAUCGUCCACGAGAUAGACGAGGACAGCCCUUUAUACGAUCUGAGCAAACAGGACAUCGACAACGCGGACUUUGAGAUCGUGGUGAUACUCGAAGGCAUGGUGGAAGCCACGGCCAUGACCACGCAGUGCCGGAGCUCGUACCUGGCCAACGAAAUCCUCUGGGGCCACCGCUACGAGCCCGUCCUCUUCGAGGAGAAGCAUUACUACAAAGUAGACUAUUCGAGGUUCCACAAGACUUACGAAGUACCCAACACUCCCCUUUGUAGCGCCAGGGACUUAGCGGAGAAGAAAUACAUCCUCUCCAGCGCUAAUUCCUUUUGCUAUGAAAAUGAGGUUGCCCUCACAAGCAAAGAGGAAGAAGACAGUGAAAACGGGGUCCCAGAGAGCACGAGUACGGACACACCCCCUGACAUAGACCUUCACAACCAGGCAAGUGUACCCCUAGAGCCCAGGCCCUUACGGCGAGAGUCGGAGAUAUGACUAAUUCCUCCUCGGGAAUAGUUACUUUGAAACGCAGUCUGUUGGUCAAAGGCCCAAAGCAGUUACGCAGACGACGGUACUGGUGAAGAGGUGGUUUGAGACAAGUGACCACGAGGGACUGAGGCUAGCACGAUGCUUUCAAAGAAAGACUGUAGGCUCAGAGAUGAACCUAAAGCACUAAACAUGCCUGCCCCCCCGUGACCCGAUGGCACAUAACACGUUGUAGAAUAAGUUAUGGGACGUUUAUGUCUUGUCUUGUGUUUUCAUACCAAACUUGAACUUGCAGGCAAGCCUUGGUUGGUUGGGUAUUUGACGUCUCCAGAAUGCUUCUCUUUAGGGAACAAGAAUGUUUUUAAAUGGCAUCACAUUUUUAAAUGUUUUCAAGGCAAGACUCUGCCUUAACUUUUGAAAAGCUGCUAACUACACGAACACACGUUGUACUGUUGCAGUGUAGUUUUUCUUGUGUGUAAUUUAAAAAGUCAGUGUUGAACUUUCUCGAGAGCUCAUGGUAUGCGCUUCAAAGUGGCAGGUAUUUGGCUGUUAGUGGCCAAAACGAGAGCCUGAUUUUUUGAGGCCAGUAAUUUGUUUGCUAGAAUUGAUUUCUCUCUCUGUCUCUCUGUCUCUCUGUCUCUCUGUCUCUCUCUGUCAAUCUCUUUCCGGUUACAUAAGGGCAUUAUGUAACACUAGCCAAAUGGUAGCCUCUGGGUUGUCGUUAUUGGUUUUUAUUUUUUCUCCAUGAUGUUAAUGGGUGAUCUCAAAUUUUAAGUUAGAACUACCUGAAAUAAAUACCAAAGAUAAUGCACAUUUUUGCACAGUGGAGCUUAUACUAAAAAGGAAAGAAAGCCCCACGGCUGCCUUGAAGUCAAGAGACAAUAACUUUUAACCUCAGCAAGACCGUGAACUGCCCUCUCCUUUUGCACCUUAUUCAGAAAACAGAACAUCACACACACAGUCGAGUAAGCGCCGUGCUUUACAUCUCUGUUCCUUCAUGUAACUUUCACGUUAUAGGAGGAAGAAGACAGGGGAAGAAAAAUUCACACGCACACGAUAUAAACAUCUUUUCUUUCCUUCGAGGUGGUGCUAGCCAGGUGAACGCAUACGACGUUGAGAGACGGUGAUGUGCCCUUAGAUUUUUUUUCUGGGUUUUUCCAUGUUUUGCACAUUCCAAAAUUGAUUCCAGAAAUCAAGACCUAGGUUGAAAUGAGUUGGCAUCCUUGACGCUGAGCCAUCCAGCUUGAAAGAUCAAUAGGUUUAUGCCCCUGUGGCUGAAUUCCUUGCCCUGACAGCUGGUACAUCUCCAGCUUAACUGCAUCUUCCAAAAGAUGCCACGCCUGGCCUCUAGGCUGGCUCUUACGAUCGGGCUGUCUGGACUGAGUCCUACAGCAUCCGAGGGGGCUGGGAAUGCCGAAGUGGGAAGGUGGGAAGAGGGCCGUUUUGACGUAGCUCAUCAGCUCAAGUAUUCAGGAGGGAGGGGAACACUGCUUUUUUUUUUUUUUUUUUCCUAAUGGUACAGAGUAGGAAUUGAAAAUGUCUCAGUAAUGUAGGGUCAACAAGAGCCAUAAAAAUUCUAAGAGACUCACAAGUAAAGGAGAUAAUGAUCUAAAAGGGUCCUUUCCCCCUGACGGAUGCACGCUCACGAUUGAAUCCGAGCUGACCCCUUCGCCCGCGGAGCCCUAGAGCAGGCUCCUUAGGGCACAUUGUUUUCCAGAAGCCUCUCCCGCCUGGCUGCCUGACUUGCUAGAAACAUUUUGUUUUGUCUUGUUUUCCGCUCUAGCUCAACAUAAUGGAACUCUCUUUUGGUUUAAAGUUCCUUAUUUGUGAAUUCUGGGGUUGCUGACUUUUCUUUUUAAUUGGCGUCUCAAAAUCAACUCUCCUAUGGUAUUCUAUCCCUGUAUGCCAUUAAAAAACAGCUUGUUCUAGAAUCCUGUAUUUUGUAAACUGUUGUCUGUGAUGGUCUAUGGUUCUUGAACAGCCAUAUCUGAAUGCAGUGCCUGCAAUAAUUGGACAGUCUCUGCUGUUCUCAGCCUUCAGAGUCGAUGGGUUUGAACACUGUGGAGUUCUUUUCACUGAAACCAAGUUAGAGAUAUCAAGCAAGUGGAUGUUAUUUUAAGUCCAAACUUAAAGGCAGAUUAGGGAAGUUGUUUAGAGAGGUGGAGGGAUUGCGUGGAUAAAGAAUUUACAUUCUUCUGUAAACGGCAAAUGUUCGGCCAUUGACAGGAUGCUGACGGUUUCAGCUGCUGCUAUUUCGAUAUUUUUGCAAAGGAAAAUAAUCAAACCAAAGAGUAUUCAGUGGUCUGUAAAUUAAAUGAUGAUUCAGUGGAGAAUGGGGGUGACCACAGAAAAGGCACCUUCCCAUCACACAGCUCUGCCACUUAAAAAGACUUGAGAUAUUUGAAAGGGGGUGGGUAGGGGGCAAGAAUGAGGGAGGGAACUCUUGCAACUUCUUUCUGAAAAAGAGAAAAAAAAAAAUCUAAAAUUUCUGGUGCACAGGUUUGUUUUUUUUUUUUCAAGAAAAUUUUGCAGAAGCUAUGUUUUUAAAGUGUACAUUUUAUAAAGUUUAUCAGAUAUUUUCAUAUUUAAAGCCAAAUGUAAAUAGAAGUCUGUAAAGGGAAAAAAGUUGCCAUAGAAAGUAUAAUUUCAGUGCAGCCAUUUCUGAGAGCUGGUACCUAUAUGCUACCGGUUAGCAUGGUUUUAGCAAAUAUUUACCAGCCUUAUAAGGUUCGUAUUGCUAUGUUCUUCUGUUAUUUAUUUCAGCAUGGACUGUUGAUUUGAAAGCUUUUUCUAGUUAUUAGUAUUUUCACAGUGACAAUUUUUUUUUUCUUUUUGUCAAGAGCCAAGACACAGGUGAUGCACAACGGUUUUUGUUUUUGUUUUUGCUGCAUUUUACCUUCAAAACAUUUGUCAUUGACUGGGUUUCCUUAAUUAGUGCACACAUGUCAUUAGAAUGCAGGUUGAAGAGACUCACUGUGAAUAUCUGGGGUCUGUUCCGGGAUCUGUGUUGGCUUCUCCGUGACAAGCAAACCCCCACUGAAUUUACUUAGGAAUUAUUCCCUUUUAAAGAAUUUUUGCCCAUAUCUGGAUGGGCAUUAUAUUUUUGGGAGGGGGACUAGAUUCCUGGUUAUCCUAUUUUUAAAGAAAAGGUAGACAAAGUGAAUUCUAUUUUGAUUAUUGAGAAAGGAAUAGUUUUCUAUCCCUCUAAGAGUAUACUUGAAUCAGACAUUUUAAGGAUGUCACCCAUAACUCUGAAACCAUUUCCAAAUUCCUGGUGAAAGUUUGUUUUAUCUUUUUUUUUUUCAAUUCUAUCAGUGCAUUAUUUCUUCCCUUCACUUCCUUUCUUCCCUGUCAACUCCCACCUCAAACUUUGAUGUUUAUUGAAUGAGUUCUGUCCCCUAAAUCACGUCACUCUUACAAAAAACAAAUGUUGGUUCAUAUUUGAUGAUAUGCCACUCAGUAAAGGUAAAAAGCUUGUUCUGAGAAACAGAGUGAGUGUUUUUUCACUCUGUGUCCAAUAAUGUUAAGGUUAAAAAAAACAAGAAAAAAAAAAGUGUUGCAUAGUCACUCACUCCCAACUAGAAUCCCUUUUCUAGUUAUGUUGGGUUUCAGCUCUGGGGCUGCGGUGAAUUGAACCAUCCCGGCCUUUGACAAUUGUGAGAGUUAUUAUUUUCCCGUUUGCUGUCUUUUUGUAUCUAAAGUCUUCCUAAUGUACUGCACAAACCAUGGAUUGUACAUAUUUUUAUAUAUUAUGUCUUAUUUUAUUAUUUCUAAAUAAAAACUUAAAAAUUGGAAACAAAUCAGUGCAAGAAUCUUUGGGCUCCCUGUAUGGUUACUGUAGCACCCCUGAGAUAGAAAGCAAAGGUUCCCAAACAAGAGGGCAUAAACCCUGAUAGUUUGGAUAAGUGGAACCCAUCACCGAAACAGGUGUGGGGGGCAGAUUACUCUAAUCCAAGUAAGAGGAAGUCAAGCUUGUAUUUUGUUUCUGGACAGAAUGGCCUAGAUAGAAAAGACCGAGAAACAAGCAAACAAAACUAACAAAACGUUUAAGGUUUAGAUUUUGAGUCUCUGUGUUAACAACGGAAGUUACUCGUUAUUGAGCCUAACCGGGUAGGGUUCUGGCUUUCUAUUAUUUCAUUCCCCCGAAACCAAAUCAGGUUAUUAUAUUCUCGUGUAAUAGAUCAGAGUUGGCAAAUAUGUUCCCUAAAAGGCCAGAUAGUAAAUAUUUCUGGCUUUGUGGAACAGUCUUUGUCAGAACUAUGCAGCUCUGCCCUGGUACUACAAAAUCAACCACGGAGAAUACAACAGCAAAUGGUGCAGCUGUCUGUCAAUAAAACUUUACGUAUACAAACGGCUGGAGGGCCAGAUUUGGCACACGGUCUGUAAUUUAUUGACCUCUGUUAUACAGGAAGAAACUGAGGCUGGAUUUGAAAGCUAAUAAAUCAUCGAGCGGGUAUUCAAAUUCAGGUUUUAUGUGCUUCUAAAUUUAGUUUAAUCCACUAAGCUAUAGAGCGUUUCAGGGUACCAAGGAUCUGUGGUCUCAGAGAAAAUGUCAAUUCCUCCGGCAAAUUUCAAAUAGCUUAACUGUUUUCCACCAUUGGAAACACUGAGGAAAAUCCCCAUCCUGAAAUAUGGGUUGCUCCUUAAUGUUUUUCCUUUAACAAAUAUUUUUCUUUUAACAAAGCCCUUACUAUGUUUUGAAGAUGGUUCUACAUUCUUUAUGAGUAUUGAAUAAUUUAAUCUUAAGAGCAACCCUGUGGCUUCUGCAUGAUUAUUAUCCCUAUUUAAGAAAUGAGGGGACUUCCCUGGCAGUCCAGGGGUUAGGACUCUGUGCUACCACUGCAGAGGGCCCGGGUUUGAUCCCUGGUUGGGGAAACUAAGAUCCCACAAGCCAUGCGGUGUGGCCAAAAAAAAAAAAAAAAAAAAGGAAAUGAGGUCACUGAGGCCCAGAGAGGUUGAGUAUCUUGUGUAAGCACACACAGCUAGUAAGUACUAGAGCUGAGCCUUAAACUGAGGCCAUUUAGUUUGCAGCAACAUGGAUGGAUCUAGAGAUUAUCACACUGAGUGAAGUAAGUCAGACAGAGAAAGACAAAUACCAUAUGAUAUCGUUUAUAUGUGGAAUCUAAAAUAUGACACAAAUGAACUUAACUAUGAAACACAAACAGACUCACAGACAUAGAGAACAGACUUGUGGUUGCCAAGUGGGGAGGUGGGGGAGGGAUGGAUUGGGAGUUUGGGGUGAGCAGAUGCAAACUAUUACUAUAUGUAGAAGGGAUAAACAACACAGUCCUACUGUAUAAGCGCAGGGAACUGUAUUCACGCUCCUGGGAUAAACCAUAAUGGAAAAGAAUAUGAGAAAGAAUGUAUAUAUGUGUGUAACUGAAUCACCUUGCUGUACAGCAGAAAUUAACACAAUAUUGUAAAUCACCUAUAUUUCAAUUAAAAUAAAUGGAGGCCGUUUAGCACUGG